AUGAGCACUAUCCAGAGCCUAAAAAAUUUCAUACGUCAUGGGAAACAAGCCCGCCUUGUCACCCCCCAUGCUGAGCCUACCACAAACAUCUCUGCGGUACAUGCUGAGCAGCAGCGCCAGCCCCAGGGUACAUUUUCUCCAGCUGCUGGCAAUUUAGAUGCCAUUGAUAGCAAAAUGGGGAGUGGUCAGCCUCACCAGUCGCAACAGUCGUCUCCUGACGCUCCCGCCGCCAAGAGGGCUCGCGAGGCCGAACUCGAACAGAUCAUCGCUGAAGAGAAGAGCAGUCGCUCCAAGAUGCCUAAAUACCCUGGUCUCGAGCGCUGGAUCUUGGUGGAGAAAAUGGGUGACGGUGCCUUCAGCAACGUUUAUCGGGCCAAGGACACCACUGGUGAAUUUGACCAGGUGGCUAUCAAGGUUGUUCGGAAGUUUGAGAUGAAUAGCACUCAGCGAGCCAAUAUCCUCAAAGAGGUCCAGAUAAUGCGCCAAAUUGACCACCCUAACAUCGUCAAAUUGAUCCAAUUUUCCGAAUCGCGCCAAUAUUACUACAUCGUCCUAGAGCUUUGCCCUGGUGGCGAGCUGUUCCACCAGAUUGUCCGCUUGACUUACUUUAGCGAAGAUCUUAGUCGACAUGUUAUUCUCCAGGUUGCCAAAGCCAUCGAGUACCUACAUGAGACCUCAGGUGUUGUACAUCGUGAUAUUAAACCCGAAAACCUUCUAUUUUAUCCCACCGAGUUCAUUCCUUCAAAGAAUCCUAAGCCGCGUCAGCCUGGUGAUGAAGACAAGGUGGAUGAAGGCGAAUUCAUUCCAGGAAAAGGCGCUGGUGGGAUAGGCGUGAUCAAGAUCGCCGAUUUCGGUCUUUCCAAAGUUAUCUGGGAUAGUCAGACAAUGACGCCGUGCGGAACCGUCGGAUAUACUGCCCCGGAGAUUGUCAAGGAUGAAAGAUAUUCCAAGAGUGUGGAUAUGUGGGCGCUCGGCUGCGUCCUUUAUACUCUUCUCUGCGGUUUCCCUCCCUUCUACGACGAAAGUAUCCAAGUUCUCACAGAGAAAGUUGCUCGAGGACAGUACACAUUCCUUUCCCCCUGGUGGGAUGAUAUCUCCAAGUCAGCCAAAGACUUGAUUUCUCAUCUUCUGACGGUAGACCCUGAUGAGCGGUACUCGAUCAAGCAGUUUUUGGCUCAUCCAUGGGUCCGACAGACCGAUGAGGAGACACAAGCCGCAUCGGAUGCCCCUCCAUUGAUAACACCUUCCGUCAAGGAGAUUCGCAAUCAACCGCUCGACGCAGUUGCAGCAGACCUCGCCCCAUACCCACCUGCAAGCGCUCAACUUACUGCCGGAGAUCGACCGAUGGACUUCCGUUCUCCUGGUGCGAUCAAUUUGCGGGAAGUCUUCGAUGUUGGAUACGCGGUUCACCGACAGGAGGAAGAGGGUAAGCGACGCAAAGCUGGUCGUGGAUUCCGUGGAACGAACCCAGCUUCUACAUUCCAAUCCGCACUCAAUCCGCUCAACGAAGACUACGACAGUGACGAUGCAAUGGCAGUUGAGGAAGAAUACCCUCCAGCUAAGAUGCAAAAGUCCUCGAAUCCCAGUGAUAUCGCUGCUAUGGAGGCCAAAAUGCGGAAUACCAACCUGGGCGCCAAUAGCCACGCAGCACAGGCGCGGCAGUCCCAUCAACCCCGACAACAGGGCUACGGGCAGCAUAGCGCUAGUGUUGCAGCUGCCGCGAAGAAGAAUAUGGCCCGCAACGCUCGGCAACCGUUCGAGCUCAGCUUAGACAAUGCGACCCUGCUUGAGAAGCGAGGCAGAAGACACCAAGAUCAACCAGUUGCAUGA